CGGAGCAGGGAGCCGGCAGCCGGCUGGCCCGCGCUCCUCCUGCCCGCCGGGGAUUUUCCAGCCUGGGCGCUGACGCCGCGGACCUCCCUGCGGCCGCCUCGGACCAUGGGCGACAAAGGGACACGGGUGUUCAAGAAGGCAAGCCCAAAUGGGAAGCUCACCGUCUAUCUGGGAAAGCGAGACUUCGUGGACCACAUCGACCUUGUGGACCCUGUGGAUGGUGUGGUCCUGGUGGAUCCUGAGUAUCUCAAGGAGAGGAGAGUCUAUGUGACACUGACCUGCGCCUUCCGCUAUGGUCGAGAGGACCUGGAUGUCCUGGGCCUGACCUUUCGCAAGGACCUGUUUGUGGCCAACGUGCAGUCCUUCCCACCGGCCCCCGAGGACAAGAAGCCCCUGACACGGCUGCAGGAACGCCUCAUCAAGAAGCUGGGCGAGCACGCCUACCCUUUCACCUUUGAGAUCCCUCCAAACCUUCCAUGCUCUGUGACAUUGCAGCCGGGGCCUGAAGACACGGGGAAGGCCUGUGGUGUGGACUAUGAAGUCAAAGCCUUCUGUGCGGAGAACCUGGAGGAAAAGAUCCACAAGCGGAAUUCUGUGCGCCUGGUUAUCAGGAAGGUUCAGUAUGCCCCAGAGAGGCCUGGCCCCCAGCCCACAGCUGAGACUACCAGGCAGUUCCUGAUGUCAGACAAGCCUCUGCAUCUAGAGGCCUCCCUGGAUAAGGAGAUCUAUUACCACGGAGAACCCAUCAGCGUCAAUGUUCAUGUCACCAACAACACCAACAAGACAGUGAAGAAGAUCAAGAUCUCGGUGCGCCAGUAUGCGGACAUCUGCCUUUUCAACACAGCCCAGUACAAGUGCCCCGUGGCCAUGGAAGAGGCUGAUGACACAGUGGCACCCAGCUCAACGUUCUGCAAGGUCUAUACGUUGACCCCCUUCCUGGCCAACAAUCGAGAGAAGCGGGGCCUCGCCCUGGAUGGGAAGCUCAAGCACGAAGACACGAAUUUGGCUUCCAGCACCCUGUUGAGGGAAGGAGCCAACAGAGAGAUCCUGGGCAUCAUUGUUUCCUACAAAGUGAAAGUGAAGCUGGUGGUGUCGCGGGGUGGUGAUGUGGCCGUGGAACUGCCCUUCACCCUAAUGCACCCCAAGCCCAAAGAAGAACCCCCACAUCGGGAAGUUCCAGAGAACGAGGCGCCCGUAGAUACCAAUCUCAUAGAACUUGACACAAAUGAUGAUGACAUUGUGUUUGAGGACUUUGCCCGUCAGAGACUGAAAGGCAUGAAGGACGACAAGGAAGAGGAGGAGGAUGGUACCGGCUCUCCACAGCUCAACGACAGAUAGACUGGGGCCGGCCCUCCCCCUGGGCAGCUCCAGGUCCACUUUCCUGCACUAAGUUGCUUAUUCGUCUUCUUCCUAUUCUGGUCCCCCUCCCCUUUGUUCUUCCAGUUUCUAUCAGGGGGGCCCAGUGGUCUUCCAGGUCAUGGUGGUGAACCUCUGGCCUCGGGAUGGGCCCCACAUCACCAUGCC